UACGAAGUGUCAAAACUCAAAAGCUAACCUCAAACGUGUGGUAUCCUUCGGUCCAAACCAAAAGACUAGGUGGUUGUUGCUUCACAGUUCACACUCUCAGCUCUCAAUUCACCACCACCACCAUAACCAUCCAAGAUGUUCGCCAAAUGUAGAAGAAGCCACCCCACACUCCCCCAGAUUAACCGGAUCUCUGUUCUCUCCAGUUUCAGCAAAACUCCAACUCCCCAAAACCAUGUCUCUGACUCUUAAGCUUCACGUCACCACCACCACAUCCCACCUCAGCCUCAACACCACCUCAUUUCAACGACCCAUCACCACGUUAAGAACCACCAAACCCAUCUACCACUCCAACCCUUUAUCGAGUCUCGUGUACAGACACAAACCCACAACCACAAUGCCUCAUGGUUCUGGUUCUGGUUCUGCUUCAUUAACCAUCAAGAGCUCACUGAUCGACCCCGACGGUGGGACCAUCGUCGACCUGGUAGUCCCGGAAAGCGAGAGGAGGAGCAAGGCAGCAGAGGCGGAGGCGCUGCCGAAGGUGAAGCUGACGCGGAUUGAUGUGGAGUGGGUGCAUGUGAUCAGCGAGGGAUGGGCGAGCCCUUUGAGAGGGUUCAUGAGGGAGGAGGAGUACUUGCAGAGCUUGCAUUUCAAUUCGUUGAGAGUGAAAGACGGGUCUGUUGUUAACAUGUCGCUUCCGAUAGUGUUGGCUAUUGAUGAUGAGACUAAGGAGAGGAUCGGGAAGGAGACGAAUGUGGGGUUGGUUGGACCUAACGGAGAUUUGAUUGGGAUGUUAAGGAGCAUUGAGAUAUACAAGCAUAACAAAGAAGAAAGGAUUGCUAGGACUUGGGGGACAACUGCUCCAGGAUUGCCGUAUGUUGAGAAGGCAAUCACUCCAGCUGGGAACUGGCUUAUUGGUGGAGAUUUGGAAGUACUAGAUCGUAUCAAAUACAAUGAUGGGCUCGAUAACUAUAGACUCUCUCCUAAACAACUCCGAAAUGAAUUUGAUAGGCGCCAGGCUGAUGCAGUUUUUGCGUUUCAGUUGAGAAAUCCUGUACAUAAUGGGCAUGCUCUAUUGAUGAAUGAUACACGCCGACGACUAUUGGAAAUGGGUUACAAGAAUCCAAUUCUAUUGCUUCAUCCUUUAGGAGGUUUCACAAAGAAGGAUGAUGUGCCCUUGGAUGUUCGAAUGGAGCAACAUAGCAAGGUACUAGAGGAUGGAGUUCUCGACCCCGAAACUACCAUUGUGGGCAUAUUCCCAUCACCUAUGCACUAUGCAGGUCCAACUGAGGUACAAUGGCAUGCAAAAGCACGCAUAAAUGCAGGUGCAAAUUUUUACAUUGUGGGGCGUGAUCCUGCUGGUAUGGGACACCCAACAGAGAAGAGGGACUUGUAUGACCCUGAUCAUGGGAAAAAGGUUUUGAGCAUGGCACCUGGCCUUGAAAAGCUCAAUAUUUUGCCAUUCAGGGUGGCUGCUUAUGACACUGUGGAAAAGAAGAUGGCAUUUUUUGAUCCUUCACGUGCAAAAGACUUCCUCUUCAUCUCUGGAACCAAGAUGCGGAAUUAUGCGAAGACUGGCGAAAACCCUCCUGAUGGUUUUAUGUGUCCCGGAGGAUGGCAGGUUCUAGUGAACUACUAUGAGAGCUUGCAAACGGAAGAGUCAUCACUGCAACAAGCUGUAAAAUGUUAGGGUCAUUACGUUGUUGCAGGGAAAAGCUUAGUCACUCGGCAGAUUAUAACCGAUCCAGCACAGGGGUCUUUGUUUUUCAAUUUAGUAACCGCAUCAUAUCUGCUGAUGCUUGUAAAAUGUUGAUUCUUUUUUGUCAUCCUAUUUUUUAUGAGGUUAU